CGCUACUUAUGUGGUCGAUCGCAGCGCCUCCGCUACUGGCGACGCCGCCGGAGCCAUGCGGAAGGUUCCGCCCGCUGCACUGCCUCUUAUGUACUCUAUUCGGCAGAUGUGUGCGCUGUCUUGUGUAAUGUUGAUUCUCGGAACAAGUGGUGUGAAGCGCGUUUUCAACAAACGCUGCACGCAAUGUUGACCGAUAUGGCGUGCUAGCGUGGUGACAUGACGUGGUUCGAAGAACGUCAGAGAAGGUGAGACGCGACACAUGUUUCCCGAGCGGAGCGGAAGAGGCGUUGAGACUCGAGCAAUAACGUGAUCCGGAAUAGCAACACGGGCCGGCGCAAGCUUCCGGAUUAUCAAAAUACAGCCUGCGUUAUCUUUGACCUCUGCUCACGCAUCUCCGACGCACGGUGCCGAAGCCAAAAACAGCGACAUGGGUUAAGCCAUUUGUCACUGCGAAGCACCUCGCGCUGUCGUUCGGUCCGCUACGACGCAUUUGUCGACUAUGGCUCUGUUGCACAGGGUACAACGCGGUGCUUGCGGCGUCCUACUGCUCUCCAGGCGCCGUGAGCUGAUACACUUUUAUAAGUUUAAUCAGGGAGGCCUUUUGAUCGGCCUGUUUCUCGUGGCGCUAUGGUUGAGCGCGCUGCGGUGCCCGACGUGGCUCAGCGGCGACCACGUAGUGUUCUCCGAAGCAGACAUCGAACGCGACCCCAGCGAGUGUCCGUGGACCCCACGCGAAGGCUACCAACUGUCUUGGCAGAACGUCGACUUGCGCAUGAAAUGUCCUCUGCGUCCGUCAAUGAUUCCCGCCGGUACUAUUGUCGUACAGAGGAGCGUGAACCGAACGCUUCUGAAGGAACUGGAGACCAAAUGGGGCUUGCUUCCGGGCGGCCGCUGGUCGCCGCCGUUCUGCAACUCGCGACACUUUGUUGCCAUCGUCGUCCCAUACCGAGACCGGAGCGAGCACCUGGACUUGUUCCUGCAGCACAUGCACCUGUUUCUGCAGCGGCAGCAGCUACAGUACGGCAUGUUUGUAGUCGAGCAGAGUGAGCGGCACGCAUUCAAUCGUGCUAAAUUGUUCAACAUCGGUUUCACCGAAGCCCUGGCUCGGGACAGCUACUGCUGCUUCGUCUUCCACGACGUCGACCUCCUGCCCAUCGACGCGAGAAACUUGUACCGCUGCGAGCGGUUUCCCCGCCACCUGAGUUCUGCGAUCGACGUCUUCCGUUUUGUGCUGCCGUAUCCAGAUCUCUUUGGCGGUGCCGUCGCAGUAAGGGCAGAUCAGUUCCACGAGCUUAACGGUUUCUCCAACGAAUUCUUCGGUUGGGGAGGUGAGGACGACGACCUCCAACGACGCAUCCGAGCGCGGGGGCUGACCGUAAUACGUUGGCCGACCUCCGUGUCGCGCUACACCAUGCUGGCCCACACCAAGGCGAAGCCCAGCUUGCAGAGGCAGGAACUUCUCAGGAGUGCAGAGUCGAGGGUCUCCACUAGUCACAUAGGCACACUGCCUGCCUGUCUGCACUUUUUCAUGAUGGAAUUGUACAUGCGAACAGAGCCUAUUUUUGAAAAUACAGGAGCUGAGAACAAACUUGGACUGUAG